UUUUAAGGCAGCCGUCAGAUGCGUCAAGCUGAAGAUAAGUUUACGGUCAACAUUUUGGACCUUUUUUUUUGGAUUCCGGACGGGACCACCUAGUGGUCGUUUGGGUGUUUUAAUUUCUUUUGGUCCAUGCUAUUUUGCCGUUAUCGCUUUUUUCACGGACAGUCAGCGGAAGUGAGAGAAGUGGGGAAGUUGUGGGGGAUGUAGGGUUGGGGCGGGGGGGAGAAAAAGAACAACAAACUCAAUAUUUUUUUUUUUUGUUGCUGUCAAGUUCAAGUCAAAUUUGGGCCGGGGUCAUGGACACCCACAUUAAGGAGGGACAACUUUAUGUACAGCACCAAAAGUUUGGCAAGAAAUGGAAAAAGAACUGGUUCGUCCUUUACCCGGCCAGUCAAAACGGCAUCGCCCGCCUUGAGUUUUUUGAUUCAUCCGGGUCGGCAGGUGUGGGCAAUAGCUCGGGUGCGAAUUCCAAUGAGAAGACCAGAAAGCUAGACAAGAAGAUUAUCCGCUUGUCCGAGUGCAUUUCCAUCCUGCCGGCGCUGACUGAGAACUGUCCCAAAGACAACAUGGCGGCGUUUUGCGUGGAGACCAACGACAAGAUCCACGUCUUUGCUGCCGAGAAGAACGCCGCCAAGGAGUGGAUGGAUACCAUGUGUGAUAUUGCAUUCCAGGGUGGAAGUGGCGCAAAUGGGGAGUCAGAUGGGGGAGCACAAGACCUGAUGAUGUCAGAGAAUCUCAUCUACUACUCCCGAGAGCAGACAAAUGAGUUCUGGGUGAGCGUUCAGAGAACAGAGGCUUCGGAGCGCUGCGGCCUGGCCGGCAACUACUGGCUGAAAGCCGAAAGCGACGUCCUCAUCUUGAAAGAGCCCAAAACGAAGCGGGACGUCCUCGUCUGGCCGUACAAGCUGUUGAGGAGAUACGGGCGAGAUCGGGUGAUGUUUUCCUUCGAGUCUGGCCGGCGCUGUGACUCAGGCCCCGGUAACUUCACCUUUGACACCAAACAAGGCAAUGAGAUCUUCACGCUAGUGGAUCAGGCCAUCAAGUCCCAAAAGGCCCUAGCUGAGGAGCGACCCCUCAGCUGCCCCAUCUAUUUUGACCCAGAUUGCCCGCCGUCACUGCUGCACAUACGCAAUCCCGUGGCGCCCGGCAGCGGGGAUAGCAGCAGUUGCGGCAGCUGGGAGGCCGACGGCGAUUCUGGCGGAAGCAAACCGGGUUCUGCGGAUGGCGUGCUCGGUAAGCGGGAAGGUUUAGAUGGAGGAGGCGGGACGAGAGGGCAAGCGAGCAGCGGUGCGGAGAGACACAAAGGGAGAAGUUUACCAGAACUGCCGGGAAUCCAGGGGUUCGCGAGCGGAGGGAACACGCCUCCGCGUUCUCCGAAAGGUCAGGGGAAGGGCAAAGGUACUUCCUCGGCCGACGAUCGAGCCGCUCUUUAUUCCGAGCCGGUGGACGCCAUCCGUCUGCCCUCGCGUUUAGCCGACAGUCUCUAUUCUGACCCCGUGGACAGUAUCGGGUCCGCGCAGCCCGUGCCUCGCCUGCGCCCUACGGGUGACGAGUCCUCCGGAGGGGCGUCCCAAACAGAGCAUCAGCUAGCAGGUAGCAAUCCUAAGAAAUCCCAGGAUCUUUAUUCACAUGUGUAUGACCACAUAAGUCUGAAGCUGAGCCAGAAGACCAGCGCAUUAAGUCUGAAUGAGACAGGAGGCGGCGCGAGAAGCAGAGGCGCGAACAAUAACAAGCGAACCAUCGGCGAGGGAGGUCAAUCCCCUCGUAUUUCUUCUCAGGAGCACAUUUACGACGAACCAGAAGGAUGCGCCAAAGGAGUUCCGAACACGAGCAAUUCAGCGGGGAUGACUGUUUACAACGAAGCACGUUUGGAGCCUCAGGGCUCGAAGAAGCAAGAGGAAGCUGCUGCCCCGUCUGGACCGGAGGGAAACUACACCAACCCCUUUCAAGGAAAGUCGUCCGAGUUCCAAAAACAGCUUCCGACUCCGAGAUGGCCCAAACCCGUCACCGCCCCCAAACCCAGCGGGCUGAAUUUUACUCGGAAAGAUCCCGUACCGUGGCCUCCGGGGAAACAUUGCGAGCCUGUUGAUAACACCAACAACAGCAACAACAUUAGUGACAGAGACAGCGGAAGGGAUGUGGAACUUUAUAGCAAAGUCUCAAAACCUUCCAAAUUAUGGUCACAUCAGUCCAAGCCGAAACCACUGAGCUCGCCUGAUAUUAUCUAUGAUAACUUGGGAGAUAUUUGACAAUGACCUUUAUCGAUUCUUUGCCAUCAGGAAGCAUGCAAUGUGAAAGAAAUGGACAGAACUGUGGUCGUUCAAUGUUAUUUGAUUUUUUUUUGUCACUGUAUCUACAUAACUUUGAAUUUCCUGCAAUAUGUUUAUAUGUAAGAAACAGCUGCGCUGUCUGUAAAUAUAGCUAACAAUAAAGUAUAGCUUGAAAAGACUCUGUUCUCCACUACCGAUAAACAGACAUUUUGUUCUGAGCUGAGUAAGUCUGACCUCAUCCACAACUUCCCCUUUCUCUGCCACGCUGUUUUUUUUGUUUCGCUCUGUUUCCAACCACUUCAUUACACCGUUAAGGCGUGAAGCAGCAGCUUUCUUCUCGUCUUCUUCCUCUCGCACACGUUCUUCGCCUUGAUUAGAAUUCAGACAAAAAUGUGGAAUGAGCAUGAGCUGGGAUGAUGAGGAAGGGUCCACUAGCAGCCAAAAACAGCCUGUGAACAGGACAAAAAAUAUGGCAGACACUGACUCGAUGAAUGCUGGCAAGAGGGGACUGUAUGUGUCAGUUGGCUUGCAAAACAGGGACAGACUGUUCCAUUUGUUGCUCCAAUCUUAAAUCCACUUCGUCACUCUGCUUUUUAUUUCCUCAAAUGCUAGCGGAAUGCUUUGAGAACAGCUUGAAGGAUAGAUAGAUAGAUUGGGGCAAAUAAGUAUUUAGUCAACCACUAAUUGUGCAAGUUCUCCCACUUGAAAAUAUUAGAGAGGCCUGUAAUUGUCAACAUGGGUAAACCUCAACCAUGAGAGACAAUGUGGGAAAACCCACCCAGAAAAUCACAUUGUUUGAUCUUUAAAGAAUGUAUUUGCAAAUCAUGGUGGAAAAUAAGUAUUUGGUCAAUACCAAAAGUUCAUCUCAAUACUUUAUUAUGCACCCUUUGUUGGCAAUAACUGAGGCCAAACAUUUUCUGUAACUCUUCACAAGCUUUUCACACACUCUUGCUGGUAUUUUGGCCCAUUCUUCCAUGCAGAUCUCCUCUAGAGCAGUGAUGUUUUGGGGCUGUCGUUGGGCAACACGAACUUUCAACUCCCUCCACAGAUUUUCUAUGGGGUUGAGAUCUGGAGGACCUUGAAAUGCUUCUUACGAAGCCACUCCUUAGUUGCCCUGGCUGUUUGUUUGGGAUCAUUGUCAUGCUGAAAAGACCAAGCCACGUCUCAUCUUCAAUGCCCUUGCUGAUGGAAGGAGAUUGUCAAGUUCAAAAAUAGAUUCUUAGGUAGACAUUCGUAAAAUUACCCAAAAAUAAGGAGAGAAGACACUCAGUUUUCUUGGCCAAGGAGAGCAAAGAGGAACUAGAUAGAGAAAUGCUAGAUUACGCUGUACAGUCACCAAAAUGUAUCUAGCCCCCCCCCCCUUUGCUCUCUCUUUUAUUUGUCCUGACACAGAAAGGGUGCCACCCUAAAGGGAGUGGGAAAGCAAGCUGGAGACACCCAUGUGAUUUUGGUUGGCUAUGUGUGAGCAAACUAAAUACACGUGUGUAAGCAAGGGCACAGGUAAAGUGGUCAGAAUGACCCAGACACUUCAGUUAUUCAACACUGCGGCCAUGGAAGAUGUCCUCGAAUGGAAAAUUGUCCUCGAAAGUCUAGACGUAAGAUGCUGACGAUGUCCUAGAAGGUCUAGUUACGCAAUGUUGCGGCCAUGAAGCAAGGCAGUUGUCACCCCGACCCUCUUUACUCUUUGUAACACUUAAACAUUAUACUACACCCUAGUAUAGCAAGCAAUAAUCAUUUACUGGUUAUAUCAAUAAGAAAAAAUAUGGCAAUAUGUAUUAUGCACAAGCAAAUAUUCAAUCAAUCAAGCAAAUAUUCAAUCAACCCUCGAUAAUUAACUCAACAGAGAUUUUCACUCAAAAUCUCUCGAUACAUAGCCCCAUUCAUUCUUUUCUUUACAUAGAUAUGUCGUCCUGGUCCCUUUGCAGAAAAACAGCCCCAAAGCAUGAUGUUUCCGUCCCCAUGCUUCACAGUGGGUAUGGUGUUCUUCGGAUGCAAUUCAGUAUUCUUUCUCCUCCAAACAUGAGAACCUGUGUUUCUACCAAAAAGUUCUGUUUUGGUUUCAUCUAACCAUAACACAUUCUCCCAGUCCUCUUCUGGAUCAUCCAAAUGCUCUCUAGCGAACCGCAGACGGGCCUGGACGUGUACUGGCUUCAGCAGGGGGACACGUCUGGCAGUGCAGGAUUUGAGUCCCUGGCAGCGCAUUGUGUUACUGAUAAUAGCCUUUGUUACUGUGGUCCCAGCUCUCUGUAGGUCAUUCACAAGGUCCCCCCGUGUAGUUGUGGGAUUUUUGCUCACCGUUCUUGUUAUCAUUUUGACGCCACGGGGUGAGAUCUUGCAUGGAGCCCCAGAUCGAGGGAGAUUAUCAGUGGUCUUUUACGUCUUCCAUUUUCUAAUAAUUGCUUCCACAGUUGAUUUCUUUACACCAAGCGUUUUACUAAUUGCAGAUUCAGUCUUCCCAGCCUUUUGUCUCUGGUGUCCUUCGACAGCUCAACCCAAAACCCUUACCCUGGCCAUAGUGGAGUUUGGAGUGUGACUGACUGAGAUUGUGGACAGGUGUCUUUUAUACCGAUAAUGUUAAAACAGGUGCCUUUAAUACAGGUAACGAGUGGAGCCUCGUUAGACCUCGUUAGAAGGAGUUAGACCUCUUUGACAGCCAGAAAUCUUGCUUGUUUGUAGGUGACCAAAUACCUAUUUUCCACUCUAAUUUGGAAAUCUUUAAAAAUCAAACAAUGUGAUUUUCUUUUUUUUUUUUCACAUUCUGUCUCUCAUGGUUGAGGUUUACCCAUGUUGACAAUUACAGGCCUCUCUAGUAUUUUCAAGUAGGGGAACUUGCACAAUUGGUGGUUGACUAAAUACUUAUUUGCCCCACUGUAUGGCGGAAAACACAGACAAGACUGAAAAAGCAAUGUAUUUUUUUUUGUUACUCUCGCAUUUUCCCCGAUGUUAGAUGAUAAAUAAUCGAUCUAAACAAAGAAAAUUAGAAAAACGUAUGAAAGGGUAAAUAUAUGAAAAAGACUCCUUGAUGUCUGCGAUUUCUGCAUCGCGACACUUGCUAUAUUACCAUGUUUCACCCAUAAAAUCCUAAUAAAAUCCAUCUGUGGCCAUUCACAGCUGUGUCUUGACACUCGGUGAUACAUGCUACAUGGAGUUUUUUGAUCGAAACAAGGUAAGUACGCAAUAUUUCGUUAAAGUCAUGGCGUCUGUAAUUCUGCUCUUGCCUCCAGAUAGGGUUUUGCUGUUUAAAAAAAAAGUUAAAAAAAAAUAAAAAUAAAAAAAGCCCUCCUGUUCAAAAAUUCUCUUCCCCCAGAAAAUUGAGAUUUUAAGCUUUACAAUGUUGUAUCACACAUGCAUAUAGGACAAUUUUGAAAUUUGGCCAAAUUGGGAGUCUCAGAGCAGAACUUCAAGUCACCCAGGGCCGGCCCAGCCUAUACGCAGAUUAUGCAGCUGCUUAGGGCCCCUGACCACUAGGGCCCCCCCCAAUCUGGCAAUUGUUUAAUUUAUAUUCUAUUUUGUUUACUACAGUUUGCUUGACUUUGUGAGUUUUGAUACUUGAUUACAAGCUUAAAAAAAUAAAAGUUCUUCCUUCUUUUUUUCCCUCUUUUAGAAAAAGGUUUGGCGCCAUCUACUGUAAGUACUGACAAUCAUUUGGGGUGAAAAGUUUGAAGUAUGCAGUGCAACAAAAUCUGAUUAAUAUACAAAAUAUGGACGUAUGGGUUGGAUUGCAUGUAUGGGUUUCACAGUACACUGUGACGAAAUGGUGGGCCAAAAAUAUGGGCCCCUUUGCAUUAUUUUGCUUAGGGCCCCCAAAUGACCUGGGCCGCCCCUGAAGUCACCUGAGUGUUUUCCGCCAUAUAUAUAAUAUAUAUAUAUGUGUGUGUGUGUAGAGAAAAACGAGUGCUCAAUUACUUCCUACUUGAAUAGCUUUCCGGCGAUGACGUAAUCACAAAAAAUAAAAUAAAAAAGGAGCAUAACAUUGAGAGGUGGAUGCGUACCCAGCCCAUCUGCACCGGAGUCACGCACACAAAAGAAAUAGUCAAUCUGCUACUUACAAUGUUGGUGUAUCUUGGUAAAUUUGUCUGAUCGACACCAGCUGAAGACCUCAGUCUUCACUUUAAAUAUAUAUGAUAAAUAUAACCUCCAAACGUGCAACAGGCAAGACAUCAGUGAUCGAACGGUUAACGCUUGUACUUUUCAACCCUUUUCCAAGCGAGCAUUUAUAUUGCUAAAUGCAACCGUUAGAGAGACUCGGACCCGUUUCGCCUGAAUCACAGGUAAAACCUCACGCCGUUCACCGUAACGUUGGAUCGCUGGCAGGGUUCUUGCUCAUAUUCAUAAAGGUAUGCGGGAGCUGACCAGGUCGACUAUGGGAUACAAGUACUGGAGUUGGGUGUUCAUGACUGGAUGCAACACCUCAAAAUGACCACAAGACGGCAGCACUUUCAUAUAUAUCUGGUAAAUAGAGUAGCAUGAGUUAACACUUGACCAGGGGUCUGCAACCCUGGUCCUCGAGAGCCGCUAUUCAGCUUGUUUUCCAUGGGGCUGUUGUAAAAAAAUUGGAUUUGAUUUAAUUUGACGUAUGUAUGUAUAAACGUAUGUAUAUACAGGAUGCCCAUAAAGUCUCUUUACCAUUUCAAAAAUUUAUUAAAAAUGCAAUUGAUUAGAUAUUUUAUCCAGAUUUGUUCUAUUGUAUUCAAAGUUUAUUGAAGUGUUUAAUACACUUCUACAUGGGCACCAUUAGUUGCACGAAGCACAUCAAGACGGUACUCGAUUUCUUGCCAUGUUCGCUGUAGCAUAGCCUCAUCAAUUGUGGCAAUGGCAUCAGUAAUCCUUUGCUUGAGGUCAGUAAUGUCCCUUAUCUUUGUUCGAUACACGAUAUCUUUACCUCAGCCCAGGCCAUU